UGUAGCGCGAGGAAGAGAGACAGAGAGAGAGAGGGGGGGUUGAGAGAGCGCGUGAACGAAGCGGAGAUGACGGAGCGUGAGGGCAGCGGAUCAGCGGGGGCGAAGCGGUACAAGGGGGUGCGGCGGCGGAAGUGGGGGCGGUGGGUGUCGGAGAUCCGGCUCCCCAACAGCCGCGAGCGGAUCUGGCUCGGGUCUUACGAAUCGCCCGAGAAGGCCGCCCGUGCCUUCGACGCUGCCGCCGUCUGCCUCCGCGGCCGCCGCGCCCGGCUCAACUUCCCCGACUCCCCCCCGCCCCAGAUCCCCGGCGGCGCGUGGCGCCUCACCCACCAGCAGAUCCAGGCCGCCGCAGCCCGCCACGCCGCCGCGGCCCCUGGGCCGACCCAACCGCCGACUCCAGUUGACUCUCCGGCCGCGAGCUCCCCGGCCUCGGACGGGUUCACGGCGGGGAGCGACGACGCACUCGAUUGGUCGUUCAUGGACCCGCAGCUGUUGGCUCCACUGACGGUCGACGGCGAUUUCCCGGCCCCGUUCGACGACUUCAUGUACGACUUCUCCUCGUCGGUGCCAGCGACUCCGCUGGACGUGGCGGACGACCACGGCGGCGUCGACUUCGGGUCCAAUUCCUUUCUCUGGAGCUUCUGAACGAUGACACCAUGAAACGAUCCUACGUGGCGCCUAAUAUAUAUAUAUAUAUAUAUCAUAUUAACUGAUUCAUAAAUUUAUUUAUUUACAUUUAUUUAUUA